CAGCUCCCAGCGGACCGGGGCCCUUCCCUUCAGCGCAGGCCGGGUAUUGGCGGCGGGUUCCUUCCUCUCUCGGGUUUCCGCGGCUGAUUGGGCCCUGCGGCUGGCAGAGGGGGCGGCUGCCGCCUGGGGCUGGCUGGAGACGCUGCCGGGCGUCGGUGUUACGAAGCGCGCCGGGGGCCACAGACGGAGCCAGCCGGACCUGCGGGCUUAGGCAGGGAGCGCAGGGCCCCAUCCCGGGGGUGCAGCCGGUGCCUGGCGAGGAGCGAGCAGCUGGGCGAACCCUGCCCCGGCUCGAGGGCAGCAGCGGGGGCCGGGCUCCCUCCCUCCGCCCUAGGGGGCGUGAGCGGCUGGGGAGGGGUUUGGUGCCCCCUGGGCACCGGCAGCCUUCGUGACCCCGCGCCGAAGAUGAAGAGGUGGCUGCUGCCGCUGCUGGGUCUGGCUGCCGGGGCCAAGCCCGGCUAAGGGCAGAGCCGGGGGAAGGGAGCGGAGCGGCCCCCGCGCUGCGCAGUGCGCAGGGCUCCUCUCACCUGGGCUCGGCAACGAGCCGCGGCAGCUGCGGGGCGGUGUGAGCCCGAGCCCGUCCCUGUGCGCGGAGGUGUCAGGAUGCGGGGUGGGACCCGGCAGCCCCUCUGCCCCGCUGCGGGAAGCAGCCCGUGUCCCCACAGCGUCUGACUGAGCCGUUUCUGACUCAGAGGCGGUGGGAGACGGUGUCGGGGAAGGGAGACUCCGUGUGGAGAAGUCGAUGGGGCGGAAGAGUCCUGGGCGGAGAGACACAUGCUAUACGCAGUGAGUCCUCUUUUGGGGGGUGGCAGAAAACCAGCUGCCACGCCGGAUCGAGCCCGAGGAACGGCAUGAGGAAACGGUGCUUACCUGUUGUCUAGAAGAACUUGGGUUUGAAAACCGCCACCCACACACCUCCAGACGCUGACACCGCCCACUGUCCAAACCAGGGGUGAGGAGGAGGAGAAAUUUCUCUUUUUAUGCGUGUAUAAAAAGGAUGAGGACUGGCUCCAACGGUGUCCAUUUCUGCCAAGGACAGGCACUGACUCUGCUUCCUCUCUGCUCUAACAUUUUUUAGCUUUAUGGAGGGAGGGGAAUAGAAAAUAAUAAACAUUCACUUCCUCAGAUCUACUAUAAAAAUUCACCUCCCCAGACGGACAAGAAGAAACAACAGCAAAGCAGCCACUUUGCAUUGAAUCAGGCGGAAGAAAUCCCUCUACAGUGUGUUUCUCCAGAGCUGGAGUUGCAGCUGGGUUUGUGUGUGCUUGCCUUGUGUGCUGUCUCUUUGAGGAAGUGAGGAGGAUUUUCUCUUACGAAUAUACAUUUUUCUUUUUGUGGUAAAACCUGCUGCCUGAAGGAAUAUAACACCUCUCUCUGAAUGGGAGAGACUCAACCGGUGAACCUGUUUUUACCCAAAAUGUUGAUUCCCAGAGAAAUCUGAGGGUGUGCUCUUUUGAGGAAAGAACAACCACUCCAUUAAAGAUGAACACUUCUUAAGUUUUGUGGACAAGCAGUCUAUUUUAUAAUUUUUUCUGGUUCCUGUUUUAUCCUGUGAUAAAUUGCUCUUAUAACCAUUAAAGACUAUUUUAAAUCAGUUUGUAGUUUUGGUGGGGAAGAAGGAAUACCUCCCAAGCAUUUCUAGUAUGACAGCUUUGGUUUCUCAAGAGUUAAUCAGGGCUUGUGUGAUACGUUUACUACCAUUCUGGUAACAAACUUGCCUUUAAAAAAAAAAAAAUUGGGGCUAGUGGGGAGAAUUAUCUUGUCAGAAGAAUAUUUUUGUUUUGGGGGUGUUUCCCUCAUUACACUCCCUUGAUGACUCCUGGAGGUGGUAGUGGGCCCAUGAAAGACUGUGAAUACAGUCAGAUCAGCACACACAGCUCCUUAUCUCCCAUGGAGUCUCCCCAUAAGAAAAAGAAAGCAGCUCCCAAGAGAAAAUGGGAGGUUUUCCCUGGAAGAAACAAAUUCUUUUGCAACGGAAGGAUCAUGAUGGCCCGGCAAACUGGAGUCUUCUACCUGACUCUGGUUCUCAUCUUGGUCACCAGUGGACUCUUCUUUGCAUUUGAUUGUCCAUAUUUGUCAGAGAAGAUUACACCUGCUAUUCCUGCAGUAGGUGGGAUUCUGUUCUUUUUCGUGAUGGGGACCCUGCUGCGUACUAGUUUCAGUGAUCCUGGAGUCCUCCCACGUGCAACACCAGAUGAAGCAGCAGACCUGGAAAGACAAAUAGAUAUUGCAAAUGGCUCCAGUUCAGGAGGAUACCGUCCACCUCCCAGAACAAAAGAAGUAAUCAUCAAUGGACAGACCGUGAAACUAAAAUACUGUUUCACUUGCAAGAUUUUCCGCCCACCUCGUGCCUCACAUUGCAGCCUUUGUGAUAACUGCGUAGAACGGUUUGAUCAUCAUUGUCCCUGGGUAGGCAACUGUGUGGGGAAAAGAAACUACAGAUUUUUUUAUAUGUUUAUUUUAUCUCUGUCCUUUCUGACAGUCUUUAUAUUUGCAUUCGUUAUCACCCACGUCAUCCUUCGAUCACAGCAAGCAGGAUUCCUAAAUGCCCUUAAGGACAGUCCAGCAAGUGUGCUGGAAGCUGUCGUGUGUUUUUUUUCCGUUUGGUCUAUUGUUGGUCUCUCAGGUUUUCAUACAUAUUUGAUCAGCUCCAAUCAAACAACAAAUGAAGAUAUUAAAGGAUCUUGGUCAAAUAAAAGAGGUAAAGAGAAUUACAAUCCAUACAGUUAUGGCAACAUCUUUACUAAUUGUUGUGCAGCUUUGUGCGGACCCAUCUCUCCAAGUCUAAUUGACAGAAGAGGAUUUAUACAGCCAGAUACACCACAGCCAGCAGCACCAUCAAAUGGCAUUACAAUGUAUGGGGCAACACAGUCUCAGAGCAACAUGUGUGAUCAAGAUCAGUGCAUUCAGAGCACUAAAUUCGUUUUACAGGCUGCUGCCACACCACUACUACAGAGUGAACCCAGCAUAACUAGUGAAGAGCUACCUUUACCAGGAAAGACCACUAUCGGUGCUCCUUGUGCCACGCUAACCCUAGGGCAGCCGACACCACCGUCCUCCAUGCCAAAUCUCACAUCAGAAACAGGUUUGACAGACAUGAUACCAUUAAAAGAGGAACAUGAAGGUCAUCAGUUUCUAACUCCUGAGGAAGCUCCAUCACCUCCUGGUAUGCUGCCAGCAGGGAGCCCUAUAACACACAGCCAUACCAUGCAUGUCCUGAGCCUAGCCAGCCAAGAUUCAUUGCAUGAAGACUCAGUGCGUGGUCUUGUGAAGCUUAGCUCAGUUUGACCAAUUUUUAUUGAUAAUAUUAUACCAUAUCAUAGUGGUUGUACAAAUGAAUACCCAACAGGAAAGACUUUACAGUACCACUGUAAGACUCUAACAUGCCUAUAUAAUGAAAACUUUCCCAUGUAAUGGAGUUUACUAAAUGGACAAAUUAUUUUUUCAAUGGAACUGUGGCAUUCUUUUGACUGGAUUGUUAAUGGUUCUGCUUUGAUAGUGACUGCUUCUAUUUUUUUAAAUAAAACCAGGAAAGGUCACUAAUCCUGUUAACUGAAGAUCUGGGUCCAGCAACUUGUAAUUCUACCUGUAGGAUGGCCUUUGUUACAGUAUAAAAAAGAGAAGUUUCUGGAUAUGUGUCAUGUUAUGCAUUUUAUGCUCUUGUAAUACACACUUGUUAAGGCUUACCACACUUGUGGCCAGAAUGAUCUGCACUUACAUGUUAUGCUACUAAUAUUUGAAACAGAAAAUAACCAUUCCAUUUGUUAAUACAAAAAAUGACUGCAGGUAUGGAUUUGCAUGCCACGCUAAGGUAUGUGUUACAGCGGUGUUGGUAUUAAAAGAGAGUGCUGCUUUUUUAUUUGUGAGUUUCAAAGUGCUGUUUCAUUUAAAGACGGUGCAAUAGAUUAACCAAUUGAAAUUUUUUUUUCAAUUUUGUAAAUUUUAUUUUAAAUUUAUCAUUGGUGCCUAAAAUACGGAGGCUACUGAUUUUUAUCUUGCUACAUAUCAUUUAACCUUCUAUUUAAUUGUUUAGAAUAAGGUAUCGUGUUGUGCCAUGCCACAGAUUCUUCCAUUCCCUUGUGUGAUAAGAUUACCUGCAGACAUCCAAUAAAAUGAUAUCCUGUUUCUUUGGAUAUGUGUACAGUUAUCCUUGUACAGUUUACUGGAAAAGAAAAGUCCCAUUUGGAUGACUUAGUCUAUCAGGGGGUUAUGUUUUUUUGACUUUGAUACAUUUGCAUAAUGAGCCCAAAGCCACAGGGAAAAUCUGACCAUGAAUUGUUUUGCUUUAGUAUUAUGUAUAGCUUUGUAUAGGCAGUCUGUUUUGAUAACACAGUGUUUCUACAGCAAACCUGUGUAUUAAGUACAGAUACUUAAUAUCUGCUUAGGACCUAAACUCCUGGAUGUUAGUCUUCAGAAGAAAGAGAAAAGUCAAUGGAGUGAACCUGAACAAACAAGCGAUACACUGUAGCUGCUGUCUAGUUAUAAGUUUUCAUCUGUAUAUUUUCAUCCAUUAUUUAAAAUGGAAAUAUUUAUAUUACAAAGUUGUUCUAUGCUUCAAUUUGUGAUUAGGGAAAAUAAGAGUUAUGGUUUACGGAAAAUAUCUCCACUCAGGGACAAUUGAAGAGGACCCUGCACAUAAGCUGAGAGAACUCAAACAUUGUAAUUUAUUGUAUUUGACUUGUUUUUCAGAUUCUAGAAUCCGCAAUAAUCUCUUCUCAGGAUAAAUUAAAUGCAGAGAGUCUUUCCAUCAAGUUCAAGAUAUUAUUUCAACUGCAAAUUGCUAUUAUAUAAAAUGUUUCCUUGAUCGAUCAAGAAGGGUGACAUUUCUGCAUCAUUGAAACAUGGUCAUUCACGGACAUCAAGUCAAAAAAAAUUGCCAUAUUUUAUAAAAAAGAGCACAAUAAGCCUCUUGGAAUACAGCCAUUUAUGCUAUUGAAAUGUUGAAUGACAUGCUAACAAGAGCCCUCAUACUUUGAGGUUUUGUAACCAAUUUUAUUUUUCUAAAUGGUGAUACCACCUUUCACCUAGUUGUAGGUAUAGAAAAUAUAGAAGGAAAACUUUGAUAACAUCAACUGAUUUCUUGGGUCCCAUUUCAGAGUUGGUUAUAGAUGGACUAGAUGAUCUUUUGAAGUCCCUUCUUGCCCUAAAUUUCAAUGAGACUAUGCAUGCUCCACCAUUAACAGUGAUGGUGAGUCAUUAAAAGUUUGCAAGCUUUCACAUAAGGGGAUAUAGCUUCUCAGUUUCUUUUCCCAUUCAGUCUCACAAGGUUGCUCAGAAAUUCUUAUUCACAUGUUCUCUCUCUUUUUGGGUAUGCCCUCUCCAAAGAAGAACUCCCUUUGUGCUGGAUUCCAAUCCACAGCUAGACAGUCAGGUUCUAUGGAGAUGGGGCAGAAAAACUUAACAAGAUGAGUAUCCAUGGGGUAUCCCCCCUGCCAGAUUAACAGUAGUAGCUCUGGUAGAGGCAAUGAGAGUGUAUUACUUUAUGGCUGGGAUUUUCAAAGGAGCCUAAGGGAAUUAAGUGCCCAAAGCACAUUGAAUGUCAAUUAUUUGAGGGCACUCAAAUAAUUAUAAUAAUGCAACACAGUGUACUCUUACCUCUCAGAAACACCCAAGUUUGUAUUCUUAACCUAGCCCAGGACAAAUGCUUAUUACAAAACCACUGCACUGUUUGUAUUCUUUUAGAGCUGAGAACAAAAAGGGAUGUUUCAUCUCAAGACUGUAUUUUGGAUGAACUGAGGUUUGGGGUGAAGCAUUCAAAGCACCUUGUCACAUUGUAUUUGCUUUGGUUAGUGUUAUGAGUCUUCCCUGACAUAAGCACUAAAAUUUUGCUAGUGAAAAAAGGAAAAAUUAUCUAUCCCUUGCUCAUAGUACUGAACAGUAAGUGAAAUAUUUCUGUUUCUCUUAGUAGAAGGGAAAGUUCUUUGAAAUCAGUUGCCACUAUGGGAAAUUACCUUAUAACCUUACAGAAACAAUACUUUUAUUGGAUAAGUGAAUCUGUAGCCAAGUGGGUCUUAUUAUUUUAUUAAUUCUACAGAUAUCAGUGUAUCGAGCAUUGAUUGUCCACUGUGUGAAAGAACAAGUAAGAUAAAUAUUUUACUGUGAUAUUAAAACUUCAGUUUUAUUGAGCUAACUCUGAGGAUCACCUUUAUUUAUAAAUUCAUCUGCUUGCAAUUUCACAGGAAUAUCCAAGGCAUCUCAUGCUUACAAGAAAUUCCAUUUGGUGGCAACAUUUGUAUGUCCUUGCCACUAACAAGUAGUGCAGGCAGAAUCACAUCAACUGUAUGUCCAUGAUAAGGUUUAUAGUGACAUUCUUACGUAGGAGAAAGGGAUAUUGUUCAGGGUUUUAUGUUAUUCCCCAACUGAAACACGCUGUUCACUCUUUACAUUUAGAUGUUUAAAAUGAUAGAACAUCACUUUUAGAACUUUUUGCUUUUUCAGUGCUGGAGAGGGAGAUAGAAAGCCUGACAACAGAACUGAAGUACUGUGAAUACCCAUUUUAGAACCAUUUAUUCAUUCAGAUUCCAGUGACAUGCCAUAUUUUUUCCCUUUGUUUAUAAUCUUUCAAGAUUGUAUUUAAGGAUGAUAAAUAAAAUAGUGUAUUUUUACCAUUACCUUGUUUUUAUAUACAGGUUUUCAUAUCACCUUAAUUUAAAUCUAUUCUUUCCUUCUGCACCCCCGAGUUUCUGUUAUGGCGGCAUCCAUGGUUGACACUAUUGACUUGUGAGGACAUCUGCUGGAAAGUACUGGAACUGAAUUAAUUAAUUGUUUCUAUAGUUACAGUUCUCGAUUAACAGAUUAAAAUCAAUGACUCCAUCAGAAUGACUGAAAUUCCUGUGUAGGGCAUCUCUUCUGUUUUACUUUUUCCCAGCAGCAACUGCUUUUCGCCAUAUGAGCUCCCUCGGAUGGAAUUCACAUACACAUAUGGCCCCAUUCAGCAAAGUAACUUAACCAUCCCUUGUACUGCAGGAUUCUUAGCUUUGAUUAUAUUUUGUUUUCAUUGCAGAGCACAAGGACCAGAGAUUCAAACUGAUAAUCCAGGGCCACGUUGCUGUAUUUGCUUCUCUUUGCAUAUUUUGCUUUCUCCUUUGUUGUUCUUUUCAUUAAACAAUUAGUACGUUAUAUUUAAUUAAUCUUAUAAAAAGUUUGAAUGUUCUUCAUACUGGUACCUUCUGAUUUGUAUAAAUGCAGAAUCUAAAUGGAAGUUGAUGUUUACAGAAAAGUAAAUAUAUGUUUUUACUAAAGUACCUAUAAAUGUUUAGAAAUUCACUAUGCUGGUUAAUCUGGCAGCAAUUUUUUCCCCUUUCAUUGUUUUUUUAAUAGUUUUUCCCCUCUAGGUGGGUAUACAGUACAAGACUGUGUACAAUGAAAUGCAAUGCUUCAUAAAUAAGAUCUGUUUUUAAAAGGCUUCUUUUUCUUGUUUUGUCAAAGACCUCUCUAUUUUUAAAGUAAUUUUAUAUUACUAAAGAUUAAAUAGUAAUGUUGUUCUCAUUGUAAUAAAUGUCAGAGAUGAUUGCA